AUGAAAAAUGAGUAUUUUGGUUCGGGAGAACCAAAUCUGGGUCAAUUUGGCAAUUUACUCAUUGGCAUGGGCAAAUUUAAUGAUGCCGAAAAAUACUAUUACCGUUUACUCAAAGAACUACCUGAUAAUCAUCAAGAGAUUGCAUCCUGUCAUAGUGGACUCGGUAUUGUGGCUUUUAACAAAGGCAGUUAUAAGUUGAGUCUCGAUCAUCAUUACCAAGCACUCGAAAUCUUUCAACAAACAUUGGGAUCAAAUCAUCCAUAUAUUGCUGACACUCACAAUUGUAUUGGCUCGGCUUAUAACAGUGAAGGUAAAUACAAGCAGGCACUAAAAUCGUACAAGAAAGCAUUAGUUAUUUAUCAAGGAGCGUUUGGUGAUGAUCAUCGGAAUUUAGCUAUUUGUUUUAGUAACAUGGGUAAUAUCUAUCAUGAGGAGAAAAAAUAUUCGAAAGCACUUAUUUGUCAUAAAAAAGCUUUAAAUAUUUGGCAGAAGUAUCUUCCUGCUGAUCAUUCUUAUUUGGGUUCUACACACAAUAAUCUCGCCAAUGUUCAUUAUUCUCUGGGUCAAUAUAAUUAUGCCUUGCAACAUUACAAUCGUUCACUCGAAAUCAAAUCAAAGUCUCUUCCUUCUCAACAUCCCUCGAUUGCAAGUACACUUAAGAAUAUUAGUGAUGUAUAUGAACAUAUUGGUGAAUUACAACAAGCACUGUCGUAUCUCAAACAAGCAGCCACGAUUUAUGCUCAUACAUUGUCACCCAAUCAUCCCUAUGCUAUUAGCAUUAAGAGAGAUAUCCAACGUGUGGCUUCUCAACGGAAUUCAAGAAAACAAAAAUAUAACUCAUAA